AGGCUGCUGCGACUCCGAUUCGGAUUUGGUUCGCGUGCAUCCGCCCCCAGACUUUGGAGAGGAAGGAGCAGUGAAGACUUCUGCAGACAGUGCCGGGUUGGAGUUGGGCGUUUUCUCGCCGUGGGUUCUGGUGGCUUUUCUUUUUUUACCUCCUGGUUUCUGACGAUCACCCAUCAUCGGGAGCCCUGCCAAGGACCCAAACCAUGAACUUGGGGCUGACAGGACCGCUUAACCCUUUGCGACCAGGCUUCGGAUGCCAGCUCUGAAAAACUCUUCAACACCGUUAUCAUAAACAAAGAUCCGGACCUGGGCGUCGGCCCCCUCCCUGACCAUGACAGCCAGGAUGCCGGGCCCAUUGUCCCCAAGAUAUCGGGUCUAGAGAGAAGCCAGGAGAAGAGCCAGGACGGCUGCAAAGAGCCUAUCUUUGAGCCCGUGGUGCUUAAAGACCCCUGUGCUCAGGGCCCACAGCCACCGCUACCCCAGCCCCAGGCCGAGCCUCAACGCCCAGCUGCUUCUCCGGACUCCAGCGUGGUGCAGCGUCCCGAGGCUCCUCCCCAGCCACCGCCUCCAAGCACACAGCCACCACCAGGCCCCCCAGAGGCCCAGCUGCAGCCUGCCCCGCAGCCUCAGGUGCAAAGGCCGCCCAGGCCCCAAUCCCCAGCCCAGCUGCUCCACCAGAACCUCCCGCCUGUGCAGGCCCACCCUUCAUCCCAGAGCCUCCCCCAGCCGCUGUCAGCCUACAACAGCAGUAGCCUGAGCCUCAACAGUUUAAGCAGCAGCAGAAGCAGCACCCCAGCAAAGACUCAAGCCGCCCCUCCACACAUCUCCCAUCAUCCCUCCGCCUCCCCCUUUCCCCUCUCCCUGCCCAACCACAGCCCCCUGCACAGCUUCACUCCCACCCUCCAGCCCCCUGCACACUCACAUCACCCCAAUAUGUUUGCCCCUCCCACUGCUCUGCCUCCUCCGCCACCACUGACUUCAGGGAGUCUGCAGGUCCCCGGACACCCGGCCGGCAGUACUUACUCAGAGCAAGACAUCUUACGACAGGAACUGAACACGCGUUUUUUGGCCUCUCAGAGUGCUGACCGCGGGGCUUCCCUGGGCCCCCCGCCGUACCUGCGCACCGAGUUCCACCAGCACCAGCACCAACACCAACACACGCACCAGCACACACACCAGCACACCUUCACGCCCUUCCCCCACGCCAUCCCGCCCACCGCCAUCAUGCCGACGCCAGCACCUCCCAUGGUGCGUACCCCAGGCAGAAAUUUUGACAAAUACCCUACAAAAGUUGACCCAUUCUACCGGCACAGUCUCUUCCAUUCCUAUCCUCCUGCAGUAUCGGGCAUACCCCCUAUGAUCCCACCCACUGGCCCUUUUGGUUCACUCCAAGGAGCAUUUCAGCCGAAGACAUCCAACCCUAUUGAUGUCGCUGCUCGGCCGGGGACGGUGCCACACACCUUACUCCAAAAGGACCCAAGGUUGACAGAUCCUUUCAGACCUAUGUUAAGGAAACCAGGGAAGUGGUGCGCCAUGCAUGUUCACAUCGCCUGGCAGAUUUACCACCACCAACAGAAAGUCAAGAAACAGAUGCAGUCCGACCCACAUAAACUGGACUUUGGACUGAAACCCGAGUUCCUGAGCCGCCCUCCAGGCCCCAGUCUCUUUGGAGCUAUCCACCAUCCCCAUGACCUGGCUCGGCCUUCGACUUUAUUCUCUGCUGCCGGUGCUGCACAUCCAACCGGGACCCCUUUUGGGCCACCGCCUCAUCAUAGCAACUUCCUCAACCCUGCCGCACACCUAGAGCCUUUCAAUCGGCCAUCCACGUUCACCGGCCUAGCGGCGGUUGGCGGCAAUGCCUUCGGGGGACUUGGCAACCCUUCAGUUACACCCAACUCAAUGUUCGGCCACAAGGAUGGCCCCAGUGCGCAGAGCUUUAGCAACCCUCACGAGCCCUGGAACCGGCUGCACCGAGCGCCUCCGUCGUUCCCGACCCCUCCGCCCUGGCUGAAGCCGGGGGAGCUGGAACGCAGCGCGUCCGCUGCAGCUCAUGACAGAGAUAGAGAUGUAGAUAAACGGGACUCGUCUCUUAGUAAAGAUGACAAAGAAAGGGAAAGCGUUGAGAAAAGACACUCCAGCCACCCCUCACCAGCACCUCUCCUCCCGGUGAACGCCCUGGGACACAACCGCAGCUCCGCCGAACACAUCCGGGGUCACCUGAACACCGAGGCUCGCGAGAAAGACAAACCCAAAGAGAGGGAGAGAGACCACCCGGAAUCCCGCAAGGACCUGGCCGCCGCCGACGAGCACAAGGCCAAGGAGGGCCACCUGCCCGACAAGGACGGGCACGGCCACGAGGGGCGCGCCGUGGGCGAAGAGGCCAAGCAGCUGGCCCGGGUGCCAUCACCCUACGUGCGGGCCCCGGUGGUGGAGAGCACCAGGCCCAACAGCACCUCAAGCCGGGAGGCCGAGCCGCGCAAGAGCGAGCCGGCCUACGAGAACCCCAAGAAGGGCUCGGAGGUUAAGGUUAAGGAGGAGCGCAAGGAAGACCACGACCUGGCGCCCGAGGCCCCGCAGACCCACCGGUCCUCAGAGCCGCCCCCGCCUAGCUCUUCGGCCAGUGUGCACCCAGGGCCCCUGGCCACGAUGCCCAUGACGGUCGGUGUGGCGGGCAUCCACCCCAUGAACAGCAUCAGCAGCCUGGACAGGACUCGCAUGAUGACCCCCUUCAUGGGCAUCAGCCCCAUCCCGGGGGGAGAGCGCUUCCCGUACCCUUCCUUCCACUGGGAUCCCAUCCGGGACCCCCUGAGGGAUCCCUACCGAGAACUGGACAUCCACCGGAGAGACCCCCUGGGCAGGGACUUCCUGCUGAGGAACGACCCGCUGCACCGGCUCUCGGCCCCGCGGCUCUACGAAGCCGACCGCUCCUUCCGGGACCGAGAACCCCACGAUUAUAACCAUCACCACCAUCACCACCACCACCCGCUGUCCGUGGACCCGCGGCGGGAACACGAGCGGGGCAGCCACCUGGACGAGCGAGAGCGCCUGCACAUGCUCCGCGAAGACUACGAGCACACGCGGCUGCACUCGGUGCACCCCGCCUCGCUGGACGGACACCUGCCCCAUCCAGGCCUCCUCACGCCGGGGCUGCCCAGCAUGCACUACCCGCGCAUCAGCCCCACGGCGGGCCACCAGAACGGACUGCUCAACAAGACGCCGCCCACCGCGGCGCUGAGCGCGCCUCCGCCGCUCAUCUCCACGCUCGGGGGCCGCCCGGGGUCCCCACGGAGGACUACGCCCCUGUCGGCCGAGAUCCGCGACAGACCCCCUUCCCACACCCUCAAGGACAUCGAAGCGCGAUAAAGGGGGUGGGGCGGGGCGAAGCCACGCGGGACUCUGCAGAGCGCGCGCACUUGAACUCCCGCAUCCCUGGCACAGACUAGGACUUGGAGCCGCGGCCCCGCCCACCCUUGUACAAAAACAAACAAAAAAAACCACCAUGUACAGACUCAGUGCCGAUUUUGAAACGAUUUUUUUGUAUAUUAUACGUUGAGAGUUUUUGCAGCUCUUUUAGCUAAGUCAUAUGUUCUCACGUCUCUUACUCUCCCCUUUUGUUAUCGUCGUUGUUGUUAUUUCCGGUAUGAAACUCUUGGUUUUCUUUUUUUUUUUUUUUUUGGAACCCAAAGUGGAGAUGACAACACACAACCAAUUUCAGGAUCGAUUGGGGAGGGGAAUGGCAAAGCUCAUGCCAUCCGUCACGCGGAGCUCUUUUUCAGAGGAGGGAAGGCCGUGUACAUAGUUAUGUAAAAAAAAAAAAAAUCAGAGUGCUUCAUGACCUACUGGUUCAUAUAUGCAAAAGGGUAAGACGAAAGCUUUACUUUGUACAAAUGUAAAUAGAUAAAAGAGUAAGUAAGAUAUACCUGAAUCCUUCUUUAAAAUGUGCUAUUUGCAGACUUGAGGCCGGUGGACGCAGCCGCCGCGUCCCCCCCGUCUAUCGCUAGACAGCUGAUCCCUUCAACUAUGCAAUGAAUGUCCGGGCUCUCCCCAGGAGCCCGUCCAACUGUCAAGGAGCCUUUUCAAGCCCAUCUACAACACGCUUAAGGUCAUAUUUUCCCUGAACAAGCGCUUACGUGAGACGACUUUUGG